AUGCUUCCUCCUCAGAGAAAGAGGCUGAAGUGCAGCCGGAUCGCGUUUCUCCUCACGACUGUCCUGUUGUGUUGCAUAUAUCAGCUGGCUCUCAGGGCUAGGUUACCAGAGCCCUGGGCAGAACAGCUGUCAGAGGGAGACCCCCAGAAAGAGGAGGGCAUUGUCCUUCAAAUGGUCCGGAGAGAGCUGGAGGAACUGGAGGUUUUGAACCAGACGGUGGAGAGUGUCACAGUGGAGAAUCUCACAGUGACAACCACGACGAUCUCCCCAACGACAACCACUGAACCACCGACCACGGAGCUCAAGCACUGCGUUUUUGUGGACCCUGAUGCAUCCAAGCCCGGUGUAGUACCCGCAACACCCCCCAUUGCCACCCCUGUUCCCAACACCACACAUCCCCCCCACGGCGACGCCCCCCACAGGAAGGGUGAAUACCCGGAGGACAUCUUCACCGUGGAGGAGCGGCAGCGGGGCUGGGUGGUGCUGCACAUUUUUGGGAUGGUCUACAUGUUCGUCUCUCUGGCCAUUGUGUGCGAUGAGUUCUUCGUGCCAGCCCUGGGGGUCAUCACGGACAAGCUGCAGAUCUCGGACGACGUGGCGGGGGCCACCUUCAUGGCGGCGGGGGGGUCCGCCCCUGAGCUCUUCACCUCCCUCAUCGGCGUGUUCAUCGCGCACAGCAACGUGGGCAUCGGCACCAUCGUGGGCUCGGCCGUCUUCAACAUCCUCUUCGUGAUCGGGAUGUGCGCCCUCUUCUCCAAGGAGAUGCUCUACCUCACCUGGUGGCCCCUCUUCAGGGACGUGUCCUUUUACACGCUGGACCUCAUCAUGCUCAUCAUCUUCUUCCUGGACAACAGCAUCAUGUGGUGGGAGAGCAUGCUGCUGGUGAUGGGGUACGCCUCCUAUGUGUACUUCAUGAAGUACAACGUGCAGAUAGAGCAGGCCUUCAAGGCCCAGCUCAACAAGCACAAGAGUAUCGUCAAAGUCAUCGCCCUGGAGGAGCCUGACAAGGUGAGUGCGGCUUUGUCCCGAUCAGUGCGCCCAGCUUACUCGCUACCAUCACCCCCACAGGACAAAAACCAUUUAAAGAAGCCUGUCCUGCAGAGGGGGGGAAGCUCCGCCUCCCUACACAACAGCACCAUGAGGACCACCAUCUUCCACCUGAUGAUCCACACCCUGGACCCACUCGGGGAAGUGAAGUUUAAAGACAAGGCUGAGAUCCUCAACAAAAUGGCCACUGGGAAGAUGGAGUGCAAGAAGCCCCACACAAAGACCGAAGAUGAGAGUGGAGGUAAGACAGAACACCCGAACGCCGUCAACGAGGAGGAAUCGCCCCCACCUGAGCCGUCUACUUCCCAGCCACCGGCCGAGGGGGAAAAGGACCAGUGUGCGGAGGAGUCAAGCAGCUCUGACAGUUCUAGUAGUAGUAGCAGCGACUCCAGCUCUGACGACAGUGAUGAGGAGGAGGAGGAGGAGGAGCAGGAAGAGCCGCUUACACUGGAGUGGCCGGACACCCCCCGUAAGCAGGCCACGUUCCUCUUCCUCCUGCCCGUGGUCUUCCCCCUGUGGCUCACAAUCCCUGACGUCCGUAAUCCGGCUGCCAAACAGUACUUUGCGGCCACCUUUCUUGGCUCCAUCAUGUGGAUUGCUGUCUUCUCGUACCUGAUGGUGUGGUGGGCUCAUCAGGUGGGUGAGACCAUUGGCAUCUCAGAGGAGAUCAUGGGCCUGACCAUCUUGGCGGCGGGGACGUCCAUCCCCGACCUCAUCACCAGCGUCAUCGUGGCACGGAAGGGCCUGGGCGACAUGGCCGUGUCCAGCUCUGUGGGCAGCAACAUCUUCGACAUCACCGUCGGACUGCCGAUCCCAUGGCUGAUCUACUCCAUCUUUAACGACCUGGAUCCAGUGACGGUCAGCAGCAACGGGCUCUUCUGUGCCAUCGUGCUCCUCUUCCUCAUGCUGCUCUUCGUCAUCAUCUCCAUCGCCGUCUGCAAGUGGCGGAUGAGCAAGCUGCUGGGCCUCACCAUGUUUAUGCUCUACUUCCUGUUCCUGCUGCUGAGCGUCAUGCUGGAGGACCGCAUCAUCAUCUGCCCCGUGUCCAUCUGAUGGCCCCCCGCCUCACUGGGCCGCGCCC